CCGAGCAUCUUUGGCCAGUCACUAGCACCUCCCCCUACCCCUCUCCAACCGAGUGAAAACGUGUGGCCGUUCAGCAAGGAGGCAUCCGGGAUCGAUCGUUUCAGAGAGUGACGGAGAUGAUUGGACGCAUCUUGCGCACGUCAUCCUUAAACCGAGACGAGAGAGAGAGAGAGAGAGAGAGAGAGAGAGAGAGAGAGAGAGAGAGAGAGAGAGAGAGAGAGAGAUGUCCUCAGCAGACAGGUCAUGGUUCUGAUUGCCUGAGGCCGAAGAGCGCAUGUCAUCCUUAAACCGAGGCGACGUUUCUCAAGUGAGACGGGCGGCAAGCUAGCUGGCGUGGGAAGGGGGAGAGAGUUCUGUGAAAUCAUGACGGAGAAGAUGGAAAGAGAGGACGUGUUAGAGAGUGAUGGAGAUCUGACGUGUCGUCAGCAGACAUGUCAUGGUUCUGAUUGCCUGAGGCCGAAGAUAGGCGAGGUGGUUGAGAGUGCGAGCGCUCUGCUGGAGAGAGGAGGGGAGGGCACCUCCACAGAGAAUGGCGAGGAGACAGAGGGAGCAGACGUAGGGAGAGAGAGAGAGCACCCCUUCUUAGAGUGUGAUGCCGAGACACCACCACAGGGUAGUGACGAUCCAGCGCAUCGACCUUUCACCCAUCAGCAUGUCGUCAUUGAGGAGUAUCAUCAGGAUGAGCCUGCUGAUGAUGACGUGGAAGAUGGACGUGCGUGGGGAGAUCUGGGACUCGAUGCUCUGGUCCACAUCUUCAGCUUUCUCUCUCUUAGGGACAGGUUCCAUGUGGGCCCAGUUUGCAAGAGCUGGUACCAAGCGUCAUGGGACCCUGGCUGCUGGAAGGAAGCCGACACGUACAAGUGCUGCCCAUCACCCCCAACUCAUAUCGAAUUUCACCGCUGCGUUUGGAAUGCUACCCGGGAUGUAGUCUUGCGCGGCCAAGGUCUAUUAAUAGAUCUCUCCACGUGGUACUGCAAGUCCGAUACCCUGGAGUUCAUCGCCAACAACUGCCCCCUUCUUCAGCGACUAGUACUUAGAUGCUUCAGUGUGAAGCAUAGAUGGAUCGAGGCGGUUGAUGCCAUUGCAAAUCGAUGUCUGUCGCUGUGCCACCUGGAAAUCCACAACAGGCUUCCCACUCAAGUGGGGAAGGAUUUCACUCAGCAACUGGUGCCUCGUCUUCCCCAACUGACUUUUUUAACCCUUGGUCUAACGUGGGUUGAUGAUGACGCAAUGAGCGUGAUUACAGACAACCUUCCUAAUUUGGAAAUUCUGACACUGAUAGAUGAGCAGAGAAUUACGGACGCAAGCUUGGCUUGCAUUGGGAGAAAACUGAGGCGCUUGAAAACUUUAGAGGUGUCCUCAUGCACAUCCCUGACAAGGUCUGGAUUGGAGUCCUUGCGGUUGGCAAGGGCAGAUCUGCAAGUCGUGAGACUCAAUCAGAAAGUAGUCAUCAGAAGGUAUUGGCGGUGAGUAAGACUUUCUUUAUUAUGUCAUAAUAAUAAUAAUAAUAAUAAUAAUAAUAAUAUAAUGAUGAUGAUAUGUGUGGGGUACUAGGGGGGAUGCUCCUAUCACCUCGCCGCCUAGCAACCUGAGUCGGGGUCUUGUAAAAAUACGUAAAUAAUAAUAAUAAUAAUAAUAAUAAUAAUAAUAAUGUAAUGUGUGAGUUCUAAUGGCGGCAUUUCGCGGAGUGAGAGUCUUGUUUGCAGUGACAAAAUGAAACGCACGCAUAUUU